AACUAAAUUACCAAAUCUGGGACCAUCGUCAUCUCGCAGAGAGGUUAUCCAUUUACUAAAAACAAAGAGAGAGUUAUGCUGCUACUUGCAUCUUUAAUGAAAGAGUUAGUACGCCAGAUAAUAGAAUGCGAGAUGCGUGGUAAUUUAGUGCGCAAUCUCCAUGUGCUAUCUAUAUCAACCCAAAACGCGACUCUAAAUUAGAGUGUAUGGUGGAAGAAUUAGGUGAUUUAUGGUCCUUUGAAAAAGGUAGUAUAUAUUCAGGUCUGUAUCAUGUUUUAGGUGGUAGAUCAUCUGCAAUCAAUGGCGGGGGACCAAAAGAACUUAAUCUUGAUACUAUUCGAAAAAGAGUAAAGGAUCUGCAAAUUCAAGAAAUAAUCAUUGCUAUUAAUGCGACCUUAGAAGGCCAAGUUACCGCACAAUAUAUUAUUGAAUUACUAAAAGAUUGAAACGUUAAAAUAUCUCGUCUUGCUUGUGGCAUACCAAUGGGAGGGGAAAUGAAUAUCUUGAUGAAGAAACACUGCAGGUAACCUUAACUUCAAGGCAAGGUAUUAAAUAGACCUCCUUCGAAGCUGGUGGAAGUUUUAUCGUUGAUACACUACUCCUCUAUCAUAAAACGGUUGCGCAAGAACUCUAAUUACC